AAUGGUGAAAUCCUGGCAGCACAGAGGCGUCAAAGAAUCAUGAUUGCAUGAGCUUCCCCCUGCUUGUCUCGUUCAUUGGAUGUUAAUACAGAAUGUGGAGGGUGACAUUGAAGGUUCCCUUGCUCCUGUUGCGUUUCUCUGGCCCGGAGGGGGCAACUGAUUGUCGUGACGGCCCUGCCCAUGCUCUCCUAGCAACACCCAGUUAACUGGAGGCCAAGAAGAAGAGUUUCGUCCUUGGUUCUAACUGGAUCGGAAGUUGCGUCCGCCGUCUCAAAGAGAAGAUGAAAUUUCCAUUCUAUUGGCCCUUUGUCCAGCGGGCACAAUAGCCUUUCCUCCUGGAGCCUUGCCGGUAAAAACCGCCUUGGUUAUGGCUACUGAUCCAACGUGAUAAGAGGGGCAGCACCAACUCUUGGACUCAUGACCGGGUAUACCAUGUUGCGGAAUGGAGGGGUAGGCAACGGAGGCCAACCCUGGAUGCUGCGAUGGUCCAGCCGCAUUCGACUCACUUGGCUCAGCUUCACCUUGUUCAUCAUCCUGGUCUUCUUCCCCCUCAUCGCCCAUUACUACCUAACCACCAUAGACGACGCGGACGACGCCGGCAAGCGCAUUUUCGGGCCGCGCACGGGCAACGAGCUGUGCGAGGUGAAGCACGUCCAGGACCUCUGCCGCAUCCGGGAGUCGGUUAGCGAGGAGCUACUGCAGCUGGAAGCCAAGAGGCAGGAGCUGAACAGCGAGAUCGCCAAGCUGAACCUCAAGAUCGAAGCCUGCAAGAAGAGCAUUGAGAACGCCAAGCAGGACCUCCUGCAGCUGAAGAAUGUCAUCAGCCAGACGGAGCACUCCUACAAAGAACUUAUGGCGCAGAACCAACCCAAGCUCUCCCUACCCAUCCGGCUGCUGCCGGACAAGGACGACUCCAACUUCCCCCUGCCAAAAUCCCACAGGAGCUGCCGGCUACACAACUGCUUCGACUACUCCCGCUGCCCGCUGACCUCCGGCUUCCCCGUGUAUGUCUACAACAGCGACCAGUUCGAUUUCGGGAGCUCGUUAGAUCCCUUAAUUAAGCAAGCCUUUGAGUCCACUGUCAGAACUAAUGUGUACGUUACUGAAAACGCGAACAUUGCCUGUUUGUACAUAAUCCUCGUGGGGGAAAUGCAAGAGCCUGUCAUGCCAAAACCUACUGAACUCGAGCAACAGUUGCACACGCUGCCCUAUUGGAGGACUGACGGGCACAAUCACCUGAUCAUCAACUUGUCCAGGAAGUCGGAAACUCAGAACUUCCUUUAUAAUGUCAGCACGGGGCGCGCCAUGGUCGCCCAGUCCACCUUUUACGAUGUACAGUACCGCCCGGGGUUCGAUAUUGUGGUGUCCCCUCUUGUCCAUGCCAUGUCCGAGCCCAAUUUCCUAGAGAUCCCGCCCCAGGUGCCGGUCAAGCGGAAAUACCUGUUCAGUUUCCAAGGGGAGAAGGUCGAGUCUCUCCGGUCCAGCUUGCAAGAAGUGCGCUCGUUUGAAGAAGAAAUCGAAGGCAACGCCCCGGCAGACUAUGAUGACAGGAUCAUUACCACCCUGAAGGCUGUCCAAGACAGCAAGCUGGACUUUGUCUUGGUGGAAUUCACGUGUAAGAACCAGCCGAAGGCAAGCCUGCCCACUGAGUGGGCUCUUUGUGGAGAAAGGGAAGACAGACUAGAGCUACUGAAACUAUCUACUUUUGCACUGAUAAUCACCCCGGGGGACACCCACCUUGUCAUCUCUGCUGGGUGCGCAAUGCGCCUUUUUGAGGCCCUGGAGGUUGGGGCGAUCCCGGUGAUCCUCGGAGAGCAGGUCCAGCUGCCCUACCACGAUGUGAUCCGGUGGAACGAGGCAGCCUUAAUCAUACCAAAGCCACGUAUCACGGAAGUGCACUUUCUUCUGCGGAGCAUUUCUGACAACGACCUCCUGGCCAUGAGGAGGCAGGGCCGCUUUCUGUGGGAGACCUACUUUUCCACCUCAGACAGCGUCUUCAGCACAGUUCUAGCUAUCAUAAGGACUCGAAUCCAAAUCCCGGCCGUCCCCAUCCGGGAGGAGGCUGCGGUGGAGAUCCCCCACCGGUCCGGAAAGGCUGCUGGCACAGACCCAAACAUGGCCGACAAUGGGGACUUAGACUUGGGGCCGGUGGAGACAGAGCCGCCAUACUCCUCACCCAAAUACCUGCGCAAUUUUACCCUCACCGCGAUGGAUAUUUACAGAAACUGGAACUCUGCCCCCGGCCCUUUCCACCUCUUCCCCCACACACCCUUUGACCCUGUCCUGCCAUCGGAAGCCAAGUUCCUCGGAUCUGGGACCGGGUUCCGGCCCAUCGGAGGAGGAGCUGGCGGCUCCGGGAAGGAGUUCCAAGCCGCGCUGGGAGGAAACGUCCCCAGGGAGCAGUUCACUGUCGUCAUGCUGACCUACGAGCGAGAGGAAGUGCUCAUGAACUCCCUGGAGAGGCUCAACGGCCUCCCCUACUUAAACAAAGUGGUGGUGGUCUGGAAUUCUCCCAAGCUGCCAUCAGAGGACCUCCUGUGGCCGGACAUCGGCGUCCCAAUUGUGGUGGUGCGCACGGAGAAGAACAGCCUGAACAACCGCUUCUUGCCCUGGGAUGAGAUUGAGACGGAGGCCAUCCUGUCCAUUGACGACGACGCCCACCUGCGCCAUGACGAGAUCAUGUUUGGAUUCCGGGUCUGGAGAGAAGCCAGGGACCGCAUUGUCGGCUUCCCUGGGCGCUACCACGCAUGGGACAUCCCGCAUCAGUCCUGGCUCUACAACUCCAACUACUCCUGUGAGCUCUCCAUGGUGCUGACGGGCGCUGCCUUCUUCCACAAGUACUAUGCCUACCUGUAUUCCUAUGUGAUGCCGCAGGCCAUCCGAGACAUGGUAGAUGAAUACAUCAACUGCGAGGAUAUCGCUAUGAACUUCCUGGUUUCUCAUAUCACCAGGAAGCCACCUAUCAAGGUGACGUCCCGCUGGACUUUCCGCUGCCCCGGCUGCCCGCAGGCCCUCUCCCACGACGACUCCCACUUCCACGAGCGGCACAAGUGCAUCAACUUCUUUGUCAGAGUCUACGGCUACAUGCCUUUGCUCUACACCCAGUUCCGCGUGGACUCCGUCCUCUUCAAGACGAGGCUCCCCCACGACAAGACCAAGUGCUUCAAGUUCAUCUAGGCGUGCGUGGAGACGCGUCUGUGUGCAUCGGCUGCGGACUUCUGGGACGGGACCGGAGGCGAGGGGGGAGGCACGGAGGGGCUUCUCUUCCUGUUCCUCCUGCUGCUGCUCCUCAUCCCCCCGGGGACAUGCCUAAGGAGAAGGACACACAGGUGGCUCACGCGUCCUGUGCCAGCCCCACGGGGACGGUAUGUCGUGGGGCACCACCCAUUAAAGACUCUGCUUGGUAUCAUGUACUGAGGAAAAAGGAAAGGAAAAACUGAGACUGGUUAGUCCCCCAGGUAGUGGGUUAGCCAAGGGCAAAACUGGGGUUUUUAAAAUAUUAAUUAUUAUUUAAAAUGGAAGUGUUUUAGA